UUAUUGCUCACCAUCCACCGCCCGCAGCCCAGUGUAAGAAUAGAAUCUGUUUGCAUUGCCGGCGAAAUCGGAGAUCGCUCCUUCAUUCAGGCUGAUACUUGCAUUGGCGGGCCAUCCAUCGAACUGGACUGUCACGCCGAGAAAACUUGCAUGAAAAGGAGGGAUCAUGGCGUCUGUGAGCCUCGCAUUGGUGACCUGUUUUCGACAGACAUGAGAUAUGAUUUCCCUUCCCUCUGAGGCUGUGGCACCGUUGUGCAUUAGUUUUCUUACCUCAAUCCUCUCCUUGUCGAGUUCUGUAAUCGGCUCAGAAAACCUAAAUUCCAUCGUGAAAAUCUCCUUGUUUGUCUCAAUCGUCUGAUUCGUCUCCGGGGACACUACGUAUGGGAGCUCGUUUGCUGCAGGGGGGCAAUAGCAAAAGAAACCGCGUCAUGUCGCUUAUUUUUCCCUGAUUACCUGUCGUGAUAACGGUGUGUGUUGCAACCUCAUUCAUUGCCGUGCCUCCCUCGUCAAUGGCCACACAGGAGAUCUCAUACGUGGUGCCUUGGACUAGCUCAGAGAAUGAGAACUCACCACGUCUGCCCUUAAUCCUGCGUUGCUGCGCUGAUAUGCUUGUUGUAGGGGGCUUGUUAACUAAAUCGAAGUCGGCAGGCGUGAAGGUCGCCUCGGGAUGGUCAUUCUGGAUGGGCUGACAGAAUAUAUCCGCUGUCUCAUCCGCAUCCACCUCAAUCUGGAUUGUCGUCUCGCUGACGGUGAUGGACGUUGUGUUGAAUUCAAGAGAGGGAGGAGUGACAUCUGCCAGACACAACGACAGAGCAAGUGCAAAUCUCUCACUGGCUUCACUGUUUGCCACAAAUAAUACCAUAAGCAAGCGCCAACUGAGCCGCUUGAACGUUCGUGUUUCCGGCGAGAUCCACCACCUUUCCGGCAUCCACUCUUAUGUCAAUGUCCCCCUCAGCGGCUGCUCGCAUGCGUAAGACAUUGCCGUCCAUCGACAGAAUUUCGGCGUUUGUCAAUGUGAAGAUGCUCCCCGUGAUGGUCUGCACAUCCUCCGAGAUACUCAUGGUGACAUUGAAGUCUGGAUCUCGUGUUUUGGGGGCAGAGGGAGAAGUGAGGGUCACCACUGGGGGAGUUGGAUCUGACAGUAAGCAGAGAAAGCAUAGGAGAUUUGUGUGGCUGAGUGCAGCCACGCUUUUGUUUGCAUGUCUACCCACCGUUUUCGACGUUUAUUGUGUUAGAUCUCGUAUUCUUCAGCCCAGCUGCAUCUUCCAUCGACUCCUCGCUCGGAUAAAUGCUCAAAAUUCCGCCUCCAGUCUUCGCACUUGGUACACUCAGAGCCACGUCAAAAAAUAUGUCGGUCAGCUCUUCGCCCGUGGAAACACUGAUACUUUCGCCGUCGAUGAAGAAAUGCCAGUCAACAGUAGUCGGCGGCGUACUGAAGGAAACAUUGACAGGAACGGAGCUCGUGUUGAUGAGAGAUGGGGCACUUAGUGUGGCGGUCGGGAUCCACGGCAGAGACUGGCCCGAUGCGAUGUAAUCUGCACAGAAAAGGAAAGUUGACGACAGACUUGUAGGAAAUCGAUGCUUUUGUCUUUACCGAAGGUGACGUUAAGAGGCUCUGACUCUUGAUUUGGAUUGCUUGCGCCGUCGACAGCCAGUCCCUCGUUUGCUUUGAUUGUCACGAUGUCUUUCGUUGGAAUGACAUCCAAUGAGAAUGAAUUGCCCGUCCCCGUGAUGCCGCCAGCCGCCAUGUCGCCAUUGGUGGUCCUCAGAGCCGAGACAUCGCUUAUGGUGACAUCCUUACUGAAUGAGAGGUUGACAUGGAAGGGGUAGUCUUUGGUAGUCUCCUGGUUGUCUUGCAGAUACAGCACUGCCGUAAUCGUGGUCUGAUUGGUGGGGGUCGCUGGAAAAUGGUUCGAAUGACACAUGCCCUGUGUGUGUACGGGCGUUUGUUGUUGAGUCUUACUGUAGUUUAGGGCGAUGGAAGCUGGUGAGUUGCUCCUGUAUGAGGCGGCGUCAUCGACCACCACACCGCUUCCGAUCGUCACAUUCACUUUGCCCGCGACUGUGGGACGCAAGUCGACUGUUACUUGUGCUAUGCAACAAACACACACACAGGGAGAGGUCGAUGAUCACACGCAUACGCCUCUGCUGCACAGAGAUCAUCUCCGAAUGGAACGCAUCUUUUGCCUUACAUGGCUGGACGACCACAUUGGAGUACACAACUGCCGCCGUUGCCUGCUGUGCAGGAUCCAGCGCCUGAAGAGACAGUGUGAGGCCUUCACUGAUGUUGAAAGUAGUGACGUCGAUGGGGACGUCAAAGGUGACAAUCAGGUGGAUGGGAAGCGACUCCCACGUCGAUUGGGGGGAGGACAGGUUAACCGUGAAGGGCACCACCUCUGACACAGAUGCACCAAAUUGUGCACACAGGUGAACAGGUCUACGUGUACCGUAAGUGAAAGUGAAGUUGGUGUUGGGAUUUGGGUUUCCAAAUGCGUCCUGCGGAUCAAUCAUGAGUAAGAAAAUGCAAAUUUGUAAGUGCACAGAUGGAUGUGAGUGUCCACUGUACCUGCACAAUGCCCUGCAUGACGGUCAGCUGCAAAGAGGUCACGUUGCUGCUACUUGGCGGGUCGGGCAUUAUCUCCGCCUCAUAAAGUGUGUCAUCGCCAGCCACCGGCCUGCACACGUAAGCACAGGCCACACUCAUGAGAGGAUGCGUGCGUAUACCUCAUGUCAAUGAGAGUGCCGUUGGUCACGAAAGACUGCUGGUCGGCCGUCGCAAAGCCAGCGGACACAGGCUCGCCGAAAUCGAUCGUCAGAAUGAUCGGCGCGUUGUGAUAAACAUGAAAGGGGUUCCUGAUCGAUGGGACGGGGAGGUCUGUUUUGUAAUAGCACCAACGGGUGGUGUUUCCAUCAGCCGAGUUGAUGAGCGAAUAGUAAAGGCGACACUCGGGCUCUUCCCAACGUCUGGUGUGUUCGAUAGCAGUACAACGCCUGUAUACACACAUCUCGCAUCUAUUGCAUCACCGUGUGGUGUUGUCCAUCAGCGAAGGUACCUGUCUUCAAUGCACUCGAUUGAGCAUUUCAUCCGCCUCUCCCACUCAACAGUAGCGUCAGUCCAGGAGCUUACGUCUCCAAGAGCGUAAGGCUGUUCCUGGCCAUUGUGGCGACACGAGCCAUCAAGCUUGUUAACUGCAUAUUCGCAUCUGUGAGCGUCUUCAAUCACGGAUUUUCCAGUGACAUACCGCCGGUCGCUGCAGUGCCGUUCUGUCUCCUCUGGAUGCACAUUGCGUUGGGCGAGGGGGUCGAUGCGGGAGUAGCGAUGCUGUGGUGAACCUCACAUAGCCUCUCGCUAUCUGUCUGCACACCCACUGGCUGCACACAGACACACACACACACACACAUGUACGCUUCUGGAUGACUGCCACAAGUGCGCCUCACCGAAAGCUGAAAUCCUGAGCACACGACGCUCGACAGACAAAGGACAGCAUAUUCAUGCCUUCUCGCCUCUAUGUCAUCCUCAGGGAUGGUCGAAUUCAGCGUGUAGCCAUGAAGGAAUGAACUGUUCUUGUACCUGCACAGAAGCCGGAGACCAUGCAUGUCUCUAUCGAUGGGCCUGUGAGCCUGUGAGUCUUACGAGAACACUCUCUCUGGUUGUUUGGUGACCCCAUCCUGUUUUGUUGCGUUGUUGAUGCACUCAGUGUCUGGGUUGUCCUCUGCAGACACAUGCGGUCAUACACAGUAGUCAGACAUGGUAGAGAGGGCUUUCUUACUGAAUUCAUCCUCCCACUCCGAGCCUGUGGCGUUGCCUGCAGUGCAAACAUGACCAAACGAUGCAGCGUCACCACAUGCUACAUACACCUUGCGUCUUCUGUGAUACUGCUGACAUGGCGUCCAUAGCCCAAGCAAGAGAGUGAGAACCGCAAGAACGGACGGCAU